AUGAAACAACUCACGAAUUUCAUCUCCACCACAGCCUUCAAAGUUUGGCCAAUCAGGGACGACUUAGGUAGGAACAUUCCAGACUUGUCAGAAAGGUGCGACGCAUGGAGGCCAUUCGUCAAGUCUGAGAGUGAAAGGGGGCUUAGGAAGGAUCCAAACAUUCCUUAUAAAACGGCUCUGAAACCGCACCACAGUGCAUCAGUGCCGCCAAAAGACCACAAGACGUGUGUUCUUGUGCCGCAACGUCAUGAGGGGACGAGAAUGCCAAGUCAAGAUAUGGUGUCAUUGAUAUUUCAUGCUGAUAAUAGAUAUGCAAAGCCUGAGCUUGGGGGUGUGACGGAAGAGGCGGCUGCUUCAGAUGAUUGGAAGUGUCCAAAAUGCUCAGGGAACUGCAACUGCAGCCAAUGCAGGAAGCAAAUGGGUUUAGAACCUCUUGGUCGAAUUCUGCCUAACUUAGCAAAGCCUUCAGAGGAGAAGCCUGCGGAAAGGUCUGAGCCAAAGGCAGAGAAAGAUGUGGCCGCAAAGGGAAAGCGGAAGGCCAAGGCUCCCAGGGAACCCCGCACAGUGAAGGCAAAGGGGGAAGUAGUUGACCCUGAAUUUCCUCUGCCUUUAGGGGUUCCUUUAACAACUGUUGCAGGCAUUGAACUACAUCCUCAGGAUGUAGGAUAUGCCCUACAGUUCAUAGAGUUCUGUGUGGCCUUUGAAGAGGUUUUUGGAGUCAACAAAGCACAAGCAGAAUCUCUUCUCAGAGAUCUAAUGCUUCAAAAAUACUCCUCUGUAUUCCAAUUCCAGGCCACACUCUUAUCUGUACAGGAGGUGGAAAUCCAACCCGAACGCAGGCCUUUGAACCAUUUGAACGAAAGCUCCUGGUUCGAGUAUCUGAGCUGCUACUUCUCUGAGUCUCAACUCCUUCUGAAGGAACUGCCCUCAGAUUUAUUUAGUAAAGGAGUUGAGGGGUACAACUCUUUGGACUUCUCCCAGAAGCUGAGAGUCCUAAAUUUCCUUUGUGAUGAGGCUCUUGACACUAAUGAUCUGAGCAAUUUCAUUAAAAGGAAAGGAGAAAUACUCACUCAAAGAAAGAGUAAAGCAAAACAAAAAGUUUCUGCUGCAAAGGCUAAGGAGAUAAGUCUCAAGGAGGAGUUGAAAACUGAGGUGGCUAAGGACAAGGCCAUUGCUGCAGAAGACAAUGCUGCUUCAACUUCAGAUCUCGGAACUACAGUUUCGCGACUAAAGAGUGAAGUAGCUCAAGCUCAUGAAGAGUUUCUUGAAGCCAAAGCCUUGCAAUCAAAUUUGAUACAACAUGAUUCUGUACGAACGGAGCCUUAUCUGUUUGAUGCAGAUGGUCAUGUCUUCUGGAAAUUGAAAGGCUGUGACGAUGGAAAUGCUCUGCUGCUUCAAUAUGUGGGAACUUCGGAUCCAUUUAUAUCUUCUGAUGGAAAUUGGUUCCUGUAUGGAGCAGAACAGAAAGAAGCCGUUGAAAAGUUCUGCUCUUCUGUGAGGAAAAGAAACCAGAUGACUGAGACGCUUCCUUCAAGUUCUGGAAGCAAGGAAGCACUUCCUUCAAGUUCUGGAUUCAAGGAAGAACAUAAGCUUGAUAAUGCAACUAAUGAAAGCCAACAAGAAGACGUACCCAAAAGUAGUGCAGAAUAG